GGUUUGCCAAGAAUCAGUUCUCUUUCGGAGAUGGUAUGGAUCACGUUGGUAAUACAGUGACUCUGGUGUCUGGGAAAAGCUCAUACCCCUGUCGUAUACACAAAGAUGGCUGUACUGAAAAGCAGAUCAUGUGCUAUACUCCCCCACUUGCCCAGGACAACUACUAUGUGCGUGUGGCUAUAGAUGGAAAGAUGAUAAGUGAUGACAGACUCUGUAAUGGAAAUCCAUUUGCUUACGAUUGUUUGUUCCAACCCCGUUCUCAGAACACCCCUUCUCUGCAAACAAUCUCCCCA